UCUGCAGGCGAUAAUUCUGCAGUCAACUAUAGUAAUAUAGAGAAUCACAAGACCCAGUCAGAAAGGAUGACCGCAGCCAGAAUAGAGGAAGCGAGCAUCGACCUUGCAUACCGGCCAUCCGUCGCCGGGUGGCCACAGUACAGCUCCUCUAACCCACGAGAAGCCUGAAACCUCCGAGGCUAACCCCGCGGACGGCGACAGGCCGGCCUGGGACACUGUCGAGUUUGUCGCCCAAGCCGAUCUGCGCGCACAGGAAGCCACUGACAAGCCGCCCAACGGCGUGUACGCCUGGCUUGUAGUAAUGUCGUGUUUCUUCUCACUCAUGCUCUCCAUCGGCAUCAACGACGCAUACGGCGUCUUCCAGCAGCACUACCAGCUCAAUGAGUUCCCGGACGUCUCGACAUCGCUCAUUUCGUGGAUUGGCACUGUGCAGUUCCUAGUGAUGACGCUUGGCGGCGUGUUCUCCGGAUUCCUGUGCGAGCACUUUGACACACGCUUGCUCAAUUCGGUCGGCGCGCUUAUCAUGGGGGUUGCGUUCAUCGGGGGCUCGUACUGCACGACCGUGCCGGGGCUCAUGAUGACCCAGGGGUUCCUGUACGGGCUGGGCGCGGCAUUUCCGUUUGUGGCGGCAACUGCAACGCCUGCGCAGUGGUUUACAAAGCACCAGGGCCUGGCCACGGGCAUUGCACUAUCCGGAAGCGGGGUUGGCGGAAUGUGGAUGACAUCGUCGCAGAACUGGGGGUCAAACAUGGAUACGCUGAUGAACGGGCUCAGUGUCGUCGGCCGGCUGGCUGUCGGGUUCUUGGCCGAUAUCACAGGCCCACUGAACCUGAUGAUUUUGAAUACUGUGCUGGCUAGCGUUGCGCUGCUGGUGUUCUGGCUGCCGUUCGAGUCUGUUGCCAUGCUAUACGUCACCGACCUGUUAUUUGGUUUCGCCAUUGGCGGCAUUGUCAGCGUGAUUCCAGUGGUCGCUGCUCAGGUUUUCGGAUUGGCACGUCUGCCAUCCAUCAUGGGGCUGCUGUUCAUCGGCUACUUCAUCGGCGGGCUGCUGGGGGUGCCGCCUAUGAGCGCUUUGCUGGACAACGUCGGCCACCGCACAAACUACACAAGCUCGAUCUGGUACAUGGGUGCGUUGCCCGUCUGCUCACUGGUAUUCCUACUGCUAAUGCGCGUGCUGAUAACCCGCAAGCUCAGGGUGAAGGUAUAG